AUGGCUGCAGUGGACGAGGUGCUGCAGAAGGUGCGGGUACGGGUGGCCCAGCGCCGACUGCGACUGGAUGAUUUCUUCACGGACUUUGACUCACUUCGCUCCGGUCGUAUUACGGCCAACCAGCUACGCCGCGUUUUGGCCGUCAAUUCGAUUCAACUCGCUGACGCGGAAUUUGAGGCACUGAAGGAGGCCUUUUUGGCGACCAACCAGCCGGCGGGCAGCAGGACUCCACGCGGAGGGGAUCCGACAGAUGUGAAUUACGUGGCCUUUCUUCAGGCUUUGCGAGCGGAGGAUCCUCCGGCGGAGCUGCUGACAACGCUGCGGCGCAGGGGCAAACCCCUUUCAGAGAAUGAGGAGCGUACACUGGCGACAGCAUUCCGCGCGCUGCGCGACGGUGUGCGGGCGCGUGGGCUGCACCUUCGCAAGUUGUUUGAGGACUUUGAUCCGUUCCGCAGCGGCAAAGUGGCUGCCUCCCGCUUUCGACGUUGCAUGCCGUUUGAGGGGUUGCGAGAGGACGUCUUGCAGCUUAUGCUGAAGAAGUACAGCGACGACGACGGCGAAGUGCUUUACGCCGCGUGGUGCAGGGACCUUGAGGAGGAUCCUGCCUCACAAGAGGAGGGGACACACCCCGCGAGCUCCUCACCGCAGAUCUCUCCCCGUGGGUUGUCUGCACCGCUUUCCAUCGAUGGGUUGUUGAAUGUGCUGCGCUCACAGUUUGCCAUGUAUCGUCUGCGUUGCGACGACGUUUUGAAAAGUUAUGACCACUUCAGGACGGGGUUUGUCACGGCGCCGCAGUUUGCGUCGGCGCUUGGGCAGCUGCGGUUCGUGAACUUUCACCUCACGGCGGAGCACAUUGACACGUUGACACAGGCGUACGCGGACGCCAGGCUGGGGGGCACUGGUAGUGACACAAACGAGGAGGCUUUUUCACGUGUCAACUACGUGCAGUUUCUCGCCAACACCAACCCCCGCCGCGACGAGGGCGUGCCAGGCUCGACGACUUACUACGAGAUGGCGAGAACUCCUGGUCAGUUCCUCAGUGGGGUGGAGGACAAGGAGCAGGAGCGGGCGGAGUUUGUGCUGAAUAAAGUGCGCCGCUUUGUCCAUUCGAACCGCAUCCAUUUAAUUCCAACGCUGCAUGACUUUGAUCGUGUGCGGAAGGGUAUUUAUGAACACCGCACGUGUACCAAGUCACGUUUUGUGCGUUCCCUGGCGACAAACAAAAUAUUUCUCGCCCCAGAGGAGGUUUCGCUGCUGGUAAAGUGGUACCUCAUCCGCAAUGCGGAUGGCAGCCCUAGCGACGAAGUGAACUACUACCAGUUCGUCAUGGAUGUGGAUCAGGCCCACAAGCCGGAGCUCAGCCCAACGCGUUUACUGCGCUCGAUUGGGACGGGCGAGCUGCAAAACCAGAAGGGCAGUUCGCACUCGCAGCUAGCGGAGACCGUGCCACUAGUGCUCGUCAAGGUGGCACUGCAGGCCGAGGAGCGACGCCUCCGCGUGAACGAGUUUUUCAUAGACUUUGACCCCUUGCGCAGCGGCAUAGUACAGACGGAGAAGUUUGCGGUGGCGCUUGGCAUUGCUGGGCUGCAUCUGCAUCCGCAGGAGGUAGAACUGCUGCAGAAAGAGUACAAGUCGACGAAGGCGCGUGAUCACAUCGACGUCAAUCGAUUCGUGGCUGACGUUGGCGAAAUUUCGCCAACUGUGGUGCCUUCUGUCGCGACGAAGUUUAAUUUUUCCGCCUCGCGAAGCUUAACGGGGGCUGUCACCGCGGUGCUUAAAGAUACGCAGAGGAACCCCUUCGAGGGAAUCACAGAUGCGGAGCGUGAGCGUCUUCCACAGCUUCUCGCCAGACUCUCACACGACGUCUCAACGCACCAUGCCCUCCUGGCGCCUUUUUUCUCGGACUUUGACCGCCUGCACCGUGGGAAGAUUACGAAAUCAAACUACUUGCGGGCUCUCGCACGCCAUCGCUUUGUGUUGUCCGCGGCAGACACGGCGCUCUUGUCACGCUACUACGCAUCGCCGGAGGAUCCAGAGCUGAUUGAGUACACCCGUUUCAUCCGCGAUAUUGCCCAGAACGAGAUGCCGCAGGGGAGCGGUGGGGAAAAAGGCGGGACGGUGAAGUCAAUCAUGAACCGAACGAUGACAUCGACGAAUAACCCGGCAUCCAUGGGGUGGAACGACACUUUUCCACUUGGGGAAACCGUGGACGAGGAGCUGGUGGAGCGUAUCCUGACAAAAAUAUGCUGCUUUUUGCAAGAACGCAAGGCACGGCUGUCGGAAUUCUUCCCGGAUGGUGACGAGCUGCGCCACCGUCACGUGACGAACACACGCUUUCGGCACUGUCUGUCAAUUCUAGGUCUGGAACUCUCAGAGGAGGAGUUGCAAGCCCUCGAGGCGGCCUUUGCACACAGUGAGCUGAGGGGUCACAUCAGCUACCCGGCGUUUUUUUCGACCGUAUCGGAUAAGCUUCAGGCUGGUGUGGGAUACAUGGCGGUGACGCAGCGUCGGCGCGGAUUGGGCACGGCUACUGAUACAAUUGCGGUGCCAGCAGCAGACUCAGCGCCCGAACAAUUCGCCGAGUUGACAGCUGAGGGGGUGUCUGGGACGCAGAAAAGCACCAUGACGCUUGCGGAAUCGCAGGCAGAGCUGUACCGGUCGGCGAUCGACAAGGUACGUCGUACGUUGGCCUCGCGUCGCUCCACCUCGCUUCAAGCCUUCCGUCAGUAUGACCGGGCACGCAAGGGCUUUGUGAAGGAGGGACAGUUCUUCGCGACCCUCAUGUCUCUGGGCGUGCAGUUGACCCCGGCGCAGUCGGAUGCUAUCCGAAAGGCGCACAGCGUCGGCGGCGGGGAGAUUGGCUACACAAAGUUCUGUCUCAUGACGGACGACGAGCGGUUCGCGUAG